GUCAUUAAAAUUAAACAUAACCUCAUAUUUCACAAUAAUGAUAAAACCAAACAUAUGCUCACAAAACACAUAUCAAUUGUAGUGUAAAACAAUGCAAACUCAUGAAUUCUUACUCGAAAUAGUUACUUCGCAUUGCAUUUCUUGAAUACUAUUUUCUCGUAAUAUUACUUAUUACUUCUAAUUAUUUUUAGUCAAAUACACUCCUAUCCAAAAUGUACUUAAUGUUUUUAUACUUAACUCUCACUUUACUUAAUAUUUUUAACGUCUGCACGGGCGACUGUGGCUGUCAACUAAACAGAAACGCAAAGUGUACAAAUGAGGAGCAACCACAUGAUAAAUAUUCACAAGCACUUAACGACGAUGAGAAUCUCAAAGAACGUGCAGAUUUUGACCAAACCCACAUGAGCCUAAUUGAAGGAGCAACAUUCGAAAUGGGCACUGACAAACCAGUAUUUGAAAGUGAUCAUGAAGGCCCCAUACGUAAUAUUACUGUCAGUUCAUUUUAUCUAGACAAGUAUGAGGUCUCCAAUAAACAAUUCAGUAAAUUUAUUGAAGAAACAGGGUAUAUAACCGAAGCCGAAAAAUUUGGUGACAGUUUUAUAUUUGAAAUGUUAGUUCCUGAGAGUGAACGAGAGCAAUACAAGGACUUUCGGGCUGUACAAGCACCUUGGUGGAUCAAAAUGAAAGGCGUUACCUGGAAGCAUCCAGAAGGAGAGGGUUCCACAAUUGACGAUCGACUUGACCAUCCUGUAAUUCAUGUGUCAUGGAAUGAUGCACAGAAAUAUUGUAACUUUGUUGGAAAACGACUACCCACUGAGGCUGAAUGGGAAAUGUCAUGCCGAGCAGGAUUAAAACAGAAGUUGUAUCCUUGGGGAAAUAAACUUAAUCCUAAAGAUCAACACUGGGCAAACAUAUGGCAAGGUGACUUUCCAUUAACUAACACAGCCGAAGAUGGUUAUUUAUCAACAGCGCCAGUUGACAGUUUUCCUCCAAAUAAAUUCGGGCUACAUAACAUGGCAGGAAAUGUAUGGGAAUGGACUCAGGAUAACUGGUUAAACGACCCAGACGCAAAAGUAAAGAAAGGAGGUUCUUAUCUUUGCCAUGAAUCAUACUGUUGGAGAUACAGAUGUGCAGCCAGAUCGUUCAACACAAAAGAUAGUUCAGCUGGAAACUUAGGUUUUCGCUGUGCAGGUGACGUUAAAGCUUAAUUUUUCUCAAACUGGCAGUGAGUACAAAAUAAUUUCAAAAAUUACUGUAUCCAAGUACUUAAAAAAUCCUGCCAAAAAGUCUUCCAAAUAAUGUAUUGAUUGUUUGAUACAAUAAUUGUUUAUAGAAAUAUAUUAAUUUAAUUACAAAA